AUGCCAACGACGAGGAAUCCACUUGUGUCAGAUUUUGCUCAUGAAUUGUUGACGAAAGGAAAAGACAAGACGUGUCGUGAUUACGUCUCUCGAGGCCACCCCGAGAAAACUGAAAAUGACAAAACCUACCACAAUUUUUGCUGUGAACUCGACAAUUAUUGUAAAAUCUGGGCGCAAACUUGGUUUUGGCUCACCAUCGGAGGUGUCAUCCUUCUUCUGAUCCUCAUCUCGAUCGGCGGAUGUGUAUAUUGUUGUUGUAUUCGGAAACGCAAUUCUGGAGGUGCAGAUGGUGACAGAUACACGGUGGAAGAGCCGAAGGAGAAGGAAUUGGCGGAGGAUUUGUCGGAGGAGGAUUCUUCAGAAUCGUCGUGUGAAUCGGAUUGA